CUUCAUGUUUUGAGAGGAGGAGGAAGAGAGAGAAAGGAAUAGAAGGGAAAAGAAAGGACCAAAGAAUGAAGAAAAUUCAAUCGGAUCGAAUACAAUCUUGACGUCCGCAAUGACCCUUUCUCUCUUUCUCUCUCUACAUUUUCUCUCUCUAGAACACACGCCAUGAAGCAGCAGCAACAACAACAGUGCGUUUCACUGAGAUUAAAGAAGAUGCUGCUGCUUCUGCACUGAGAAAACCCUAGACACUUAUACUGGAUGCGAACUCGUAAACCCCAAGUGCAAAGUUUCACGCUUUUCGUUCAUUCUCACUUUGUUGAUCACUCACAGGAUUCUGUCACUGUUCAAUUUCGCAAAUUUCAACUCUCGAGAUUCAUGCGAGAGCUGUUUGGAGGUUGCUCCUUUAAGGGAGCUAGCGCAAUUGUAAUGUUCAGAAUCAAAGAAUGUUUCUUGGUUUUGGUUUUCUUUGGUGUAUGGCUUGUGUUUGAUAAAACUCAGCACCACGUACUUCUGUUGGAUCACAGAGAAGACUUUUGCCUUGAACUCGGGGUUGAAGUAGUACUUUCUGGGUUGAGCGUUGUGAGCGUGCCCAGUUUCUCACAAGCUGUUGUGUAAUUUUACUUUGUUGAACUUGUGUUUUAAGUAACUUAGUUGUUAUGCUUAGGUGAUUGCUUGAAGGCCGUGACAUAGAAAGAUGGUGCCUCCGGGGCCACCCACUCCCAUUGGUGGUGCCCAGUCUGUUUCACCCUCUCUUUUAAGAUCAAAUUCUGGAAUGCUAGGAGCUCAAGGGGGUCCCAUGCCGUCGCAGACAUCUUUCCCUUCACUUGUGUCUCCGCGUACUCAGUUCAACAACAUGAACAUUCUAGGAAAUAUGUCCAAUGUAACUUCCAUACUGAAUCAAUCUUUCCCAAAUGGAGCUCCAAAUCCUGGGCUAUCUGGUCCAGGAAGUAGCCAACGUGGAACAAUUGAUACUGGAGCUGAAACAGAUCCACUCUCCACUGUUGGUAAUGGAAUGAGCUUCAAUAAUUCUUCUUCCACGUUUGUACAGUCAAAUAUAGUAAAUGCUGCUUCCUCUGGUCAAGGUCAGGGUCAACAAUUUUCAAACCCUUCUAGUAACCAGAUGUUGCCUGAUCAACAACAUUCCCAACAGCUCGAACCUCAAAAUUUCCAACACAGUCAGCAGUCAAUGCAACAGUUCUCUGGUCCUCUAAAUACACAGCAGCUGCCUCCGCAGCAGCAUUUUCAAUCAAUUCGAGGAGGUAUAGGUGGCAUGGGACCCGUAAAGCUAGAGCCCCAGGUAAACAACGAUCAACUUGCACAGCAGCAGCAGCCGUUGCAAUCUUUAAGGAGCCUUUCUUCAGUUAAAUUGGAGCCACAACAAAUGCAGACAAUGAGAACAUUGGGACCUGUUAAAAUGGAGCCUCAACACUCUGAUCAACCAUUAUUUUUGCAGCAGCAGCAACAACAACAACAACAGCAAUUCCUCCACAUGUCAAGUCAAUCAUCCCAGGCUACUGCUGCCCAGAUCAAUCUUUUGCGUCAGCACAGGCUUUUACAGUUACAACAACAACACCAGCAGCAGCAACUCUUGAAGGCAAUGCCUCAGCAACGUUCCCAGCUACCACAGCAAUUUCAACAGCAGAACAUGCUAAUGAGAUCUGUGAAACCAGCUUAUGAACCCGGGAUGUGUGCUAGGCGGCUGACACAUUACAUGUAUCAGCAACAACAUAGACCUGAAGAUAACAAUAUUGAGUUCUGGAGAAAGUUUGUUGCUGAAUAUUUUGCUCCUAAUGCCAAGAAGAAAUGGUGUGUUUCUAUGUAUGGAAGUGGAAGACAAACAACUGGAGUUUUCCCUCAGGAUGUAUGGCACUGCGAAAUAUGUAAUCGCAAGCCUGGACGUGGUUUUGAAGCAACUGUUGAGGUUCUUCCCCGGCUUUUCAAGAUAAAGUAUGAAAGUGGAACUUUGGAAGAACUACUUUAUGUUGACAUGCCUCGUGAAUAUCAUAAUUCCUCUGGUCAGAUUGUACUAGAUUAUGCUAAAGCAAUACAAGAAAGUGUUUUUGAGCAACUUCGUGUUGUUCGUGAUGGUCAACUGCGAAUAGUUUUCUCUCCAGACCUGAAGAUUUGUUCUUGGGAAUUUUGUGCUCGGCGCCAUGAGGAGCUCAUACCCAGGAGAUUGUUAAUACCACAGGUUAGCCAGCUUGGAGCAGUUGCACAAAAGUACCAGGCUUUUACUCAAAAUGCAACACCAAAUAUAUCUGUUCAAGAAUUACAAAACAACUGCAAUAUGUUUGUUGCAUCAGCCCGUCAGUUGGCUAAAGCCUUAGAAGUACCAUUGGUUAAUGAUCUAGGAUACACAAAGAGAUAUGUGCGCUGCCUACAGAUAUCAGAAGUUGUAAAUAGUAUGAAAGACUUGAUAGAUUACAGCAGGGAAACUGAGACUGGACCUAUGGAUAGCUUGGCAAAAUUCCCUCGGAGAACAAAUGGUUCUUCUGGACCUCGUGGUCAAGCACAACAGCAUGAAGAACAAUUACAGCAGCAGCAGCAACAGCAACAAAUGUUGACCCAUAAUUCAAAUGGUGAUCAAAACUCGGUACAAGCUGCUGCCAUGCAAAUUGCUUCUAGCAAUGGUAUGGUCAGUGUGAAUAACAAUGUCAACUCAGCAUCCACAUCAACUACCACAAGUACUAUCGUUGGACUUCUCCACCAGAAUUCAAUGAAUUCUAGACAACAAAGUUCAAUGAACAAUGCAAGUAGUCCAUAUGGAGGUAGUUCCGUUCAGAUUCCAUCCCCAGGUUCCUCCAAUACAGUGCCACAGGUCCAGCCAAACUCAUCCCCUUUUCAAUCACCAACGCCUUCUUCUAACAACCCCCCACAAACAUCUCACCCUACUUUAACAUCGGGCAAUCACAUGAAUACAACUAACUCAGCAGCUAAUAUUUCCAUGCAACAGCAGCAGCCAUCUAUUUCUGGUGAUCCUGACCCUAGUGAUACUCAAAGCUCAGUCCAGAAAAUCAUACAUGAAAUGAUGAUGUCCUCUCAGAUUAAUGGCACAGGAGGAAUGAUCGGUGUUGGUUCUCUUGGAAAUGAUGUGAAAAAUGUAAAUGGUAUUCUGCCAGUGAGUGCCAAUACAGGGCUCAAUGGUGGUGGCAAUGGCUUGAUGGGUAAUGGGUCAAUGAACAGUAAUUCAGGUGUCGGGGUUGGUAAUUACGGCACAAUGGCUCUUGGUCAAUCCGCUAUGCCUAAUGGAAUGAGAGCUGCUGUGGUGAAUAAUUCAAUCAUGAAUGGAAGGGGGGGAAUGGCAUCUCUUGCUCGGGAUCAAGCUAUGAAUCAUCAACAGGAUUUAUCAAACCAACUACUUAGUGGGCUAGGGGCAGUAAAUGGUUUUAAUAAUCUUCAAUUUGAUUGGAAACCUUCUCCUUGAGAGUCGUUGUGGAUGGUAUGGAUGUUGUGGUUCUUGAAAGCUUCUCAUGCAACAUGAGCAAUGGUAUUUCCAUCGGCCCCCGAUGAUGGCAGAGUAUUUGGGUUGGGUAGUGAUAGGGCGUAGGCCACUGUGCCAAUAUAUGAUUUUAUAUAUAAGAAAUGAAAAUUUGUUGGCUGGUUGUGUGGCUGAUGGGGCUCAUUUUUCUUGUGAAUUCAAGUGUAACGUUUUUUUAUUAAUAUUUCUUGCGAGCUUUUCACAAACUCAUCCUUGAUAUACGCACUCGCUUGAGGAAGGUGACAAGUUUUGGGAUUCAAAAAGCAGCUGGUUGUUGGGGGAAUUGUAAAUUAUUGUUCCAAGCAAUGAUCAAUUUGAAGUUCCUAA